GAGCGGCAUACCAGUGUUUAUUGGUAACCGGUAGGCUACCGGGAGCCCUCGGCGGAUGUCCACUGUCACCGUGUGUACGUGAUGAGGGACGACGGGUUUGAAACACACCUCUGGGGUGGGGGAUCUGCUGGUAGCCAGCACCAAUCUGAGAAGGGUAGAAGGAGGGGGCGGGAAGGUUAGUUUGAAGAGGGCAGGCUUUCCACGAUGACAGCGCUUUCCCUCUCAUAAUUUCACCGUAACAAAAAAACACUUCAAAAUCCAGUGGAAUAAGAAUUGCCGGAGAAAUCAGUUGGGCCAAAACAGCGCCUAUUGACGGAAAGAAAAUCAAAAGUCGGAAGAAAAUAAGAGCAAGAAGAAACGUUGUUUUCUGGGUUUUGGGCCGUAGUUUGAGAUGGCUGCCACUCUCCGGAAACUUAUUCGUGCAGUAUUCGUGUCAGGCAUGUGGAUCUGCCUCCUGCUCCUCAACCCCUUUCCACAAACCGGGGCAGUGGUUGGGCACAGAGAGCCGUUGCCUGACGACAGUAGAGACAACAUCACCAUUUUCACCCGGAUCCUGGACAGACUGCUGGAUGGCUACGACAACCGCCUGCGCCCUGGGCUGGGAGUGGGUGUGGAGGAGGUUGUCAGGAGAGCUAUCAGGGUGGCUGACAGGGGGGGGUGCUCAGAGGGGGAUGCCCACAGGCCUCGCAAUACUCCUCUGAAGGUCCCCCGAUAUUCUUACCUUAUAAACAGACUUAUUCCCUCCGUCUUUUCCCAGGAGUACACCAUCGAUGUGUUCUUCCGUCAGAGCUGGAGGGAUGAGAGGCUGAAGUUCGACGGGCCCAUGCAGGUCCUGCCUCUUAACAACCUCCUGGCCAGUAAGAUCUGGACUCCAGACACCUUCUUCCACAACGGGAAGAAAUCUGUGGCCCACAACAUGACCACGCCCAACAAACUGCUACGACUGGUGGACAACGGUACCCUGCUUUACACUAUGAGGCUGACCAUCCAUGCUGAGUGUCCCAUGCACUUGGAGGAUUUCCCCAUGGAUACACACGCCUGUCCUCUGAAGUUUGGAAGCUAUGCGUAUACCAACAAUGAGGUUGUCUAUAUCUGGACCAAAGGAGAUGAGGAUUCUGUAGUCGUAGCGAAGGAUGGUUCAAGGCUAAACCAGUAUGAUCUACUAGGCCACGAUAUUGGGAAAGAAUCCAUGAGUUCCAGCACAGGAGAAUAUGUAGUGAUGACAACGUAUUUCCAUUUGAAAAGGAAAAUUGGCUAUUUUGUGAUUCAAACCUACCUCCCGUGCAUCAUGACUGUCAUCCUGUCUCAGGUCUCCUUCUGGCUAAACAGAGAGUCGGUUCCCGCCCGCACUGUAUUCGGGGUCACAACAGUUCUGACCAUGACAACCCUGAGUAUCAGUGCCAGGAACUCCCUGCCCAAGGUGGCCUAUGCCACAGCUAUGGACUGGUUCAUGGCAGUAUGCUAUGCCUUUGUCUUCUCCGCCCUGAUAGAGUUUGCCACAGUAAACUACUUCACCAAGCGCAGCUGGGCAUGGGACGGCAAGAAGGAGGCCCAGGAGAUGAGGAGAAGAGAAUCUGCCUCCCUUUCCAAAAAGGCCAAUAACACAUUCAACAUUGUCGGAACUACCUACACCAUCAACGUGGUAAAGGACCCAGGUUUAACCACCGUCUCAAGGAGUGCCACCAGAGCUACACACCACCACCACCACCACAGCCACAAGGUCCCUAAAAUGGACGACUCAUACGUGGAAGCCAUAAAGUCCUACAACCGCGUCAGCAGAGUGGACAAGGUCUCACGCAUCAUCUUCCCUGUACUGUUCUUCAUCUUCAACCUGGUCUAUUGGGCCACGUACAUCAACAGCAAGCCGCGCGCCAUCCCCUCCCCCAGGUCCACCACCCACAAUUAGAGUCACCCCGACAAACUAUUAGGCUGAGGUGGCAGGAGGCCAAGAGAUCCACCACAUGUUAUUGUAUCAUUGUUUUGGACUUCAUUUUGAUAUUUGCAAGUCUCAAUAGGUCGAAGACAAACAUUCUCUUAGAUUUGUAUGUACAUAGUCAAACUAUAAAUGCUCAUUUGUUGUUUCCUGAUGAUAUGUUUCUUUGAUAGAAUAGCCGGAUGGUGUUUUGGACAUGCUUUCUUUUCACUCUGACAUGAUAAGGGGGAGCAUGUGUUUGAAUCCUUCAUGUUAGCUCAUUACAGAGGAUCAGGUCCUGGUGCACCACACGCACACGCACACACGCACACGCACACGCACACGCACACACACACACACACACACACACACACACACACACACACACACACACACACACACACACACACACACACUCACACACACUCACACCAUUCACUCUGAAUUGCGUCAGAAUGCAGCAAGGAGAGCCAUUGGCUUAUUGUCGCUAUGGUGGGCUCUUAUAGCCAGGGGCAGCCUGUAGAGUUCCAUAGGAACAUCAUUAAUAAUCCUCAGUGUCUGCCCUUCUGCUAGCGCUGAAUCUCAACAGACCCAACCCAAUAUCAUCUGGAAUUGCUUUUGUGUCCUAUGGGCCUGCCUGUGCAUUUUCCAGUCCAGUGACUUUUAUUGUUUUAACAGGCUGAGUAUGCUCAAAGAGAAAGAAGCAGUGUGCCUUUUUGAAUACCCACAUCUUUAAGAUAAAGCUUUUGGCAAAUGCAAACACACACACACACACACACACACACACACACACACACACACACACACACACACACACACACACACACACACACACACACACACACACACACACACACACACACACACACACACACACACACACACACACACACACACACACACACAUAUAUACACAAGCACACUGGUGUCCAUAUGGUUUGGGCCUGUGUGCGGAAGCUCCCCCUUCUCUCCCUCCACGUACAGCCCAUGGUCACCGGUGGACAUGGUCAGUGAGGGUAAAAUCCCAAAAGCAUGGAUGAAACGUAAUCAUAAUGUGACUGAUGCAGCAUUUUAAAAUAUUCUCGAUGUACAUUCUCAUGUAUUGGCUUACAGUGGUCAGCCUCUGUCAUAGUAUUCGGACAUCAUUACCUCAGACUGAAGUCUAGUAUAGAUAACAGUUCAUUUGUAUAGUAAGGCAUUCAUCGGUUAAUUUAUUCAACCAUGUUCAAUCUACAGUAAAUAUUCUUGACUUUUCAGUUAAUGGAUGUUUUCUGAUGAAAGCUUUGACCCUUGUGCCUGUCCGUGUUGUUUCUUUUCUCCAUGGGAUUAUCAUACAAGUUUGAGGCCCCAUUUAGAAAAAUACAACUUAUUUUUUAAGAUGCUCGUUUCCAUGUUGUCAUUCCCAUUCUAUAUAUAUGGUUUUAUUUGUGUGUACAGGGAUGGGCAAAAAUACAAUUAAAAUACAAUUGCAUAAUACAUUUUCAAAAUACCAUAAAGAUCAAUGUAUCAAAAUAAACGACAAAAUACUUCGAUUUUUUUAUGUAUUUAAUUAAAAUACAUGUAUUUUGUAUUUUAAAAUACAGAAAUAUAUCUGCAAGUAGCUGGCCCGAAGAGCAAUAACAUUCUCAGCAACGGUUACAGAAACAUUUUACUUGCUAUGACUGUAAUAUGUUGUUGUUUGUCUACCUUAGUUGAAUGCACUGACUGUAAGUCACUCUGGAUAAGAGCGUAUGCUAAAUGACCAAAAUGUAGAUGUAUUUAUGAAAAUGAACAUGCCAAACAGAACUGCAAAGCACACUGGGUAUUAUUAUUAUCCUUGUCUCGGGUGGAGCUCAUUAUAGUAAUACUCAGCAUGCUUUGCAAUUGUCCAUUUUUACAUUUACAAUUAUAUUUAGUUCAUUUAGCAGAUGCACUUAUCACACCAUAGUGCCAUCAGACUUCUGAUACCAAUUCAGGGGGAGAGGGGGCUACAACAUUGUGAACCGCUAUAAAAAAUGGUAUAGAAAAUUAUUUUGUAUUUAGAAAAUACAUAUUACAGCUCUCAAAAGUAACUUGUUACAAAAUACAUUGGAGUGUAGUUCAGCCCAGUGUAAUACAAAUGACAAAAUACUCAGAAGUAAAGUGUUAAGGUAAAAUAUGUUGUGCUCAAAUCAUACAGCCUGUACAUGGCGAUAAUAAUAGCUGCUGUGAAAGUAAUGGCGUUGGGUUUCCAGGGACUUCUGUGAUUGUUAAGCAGAUGUCUUUUCCAGAACCCAAAAUAUGUUCUCAACCAUCUCUCAAACCAAGAUUACGUUCAAAAGAGAAACGCCUUUCAAAUGGAUAGAAUGGGAACUAUUUUAUUGUGACUUCUCUGAAGGUGUUAAAAACACAAACCAUGUACAAUGUAUCAAACAUAUGCAUGACAAUCUGUACAUGUGGAAGUCUGCAACCUCCAGUAAUGCUGUUUGUCAUAUUGAACUGUAAGGCUUUAGUAUCAGUGUUUCAGUUGCUAACUAAGAUACUGUGUAGUAUUCCAUCUCUGUUGGAGCUGGGGGUUGUCCUUCUAGCAGGGCCAGGGGUUGAUAGCUACAGGAAGGACUCUUAUCAUCAUAAAAUCAGAUAUGGAAUAUAUUUAUAUAUGAAUACAUACAUAGUAAAUAUAUUUAUGCUAAUUAACACAUGCAAUAUAAGACAUUAUAUACAUGUUAUAUAUGAUAUAGCCUGUACAGUAUCCUGGGUAGAAAGCAGUAGAGAAACAAAUAGACACAUGAAUACAAUAUUUAAACUAAGGGCAAAUACUUUAAUUAUAACACAAAAUAGUAAUUUGUGAAUUUUGUAGAUGUUGUGAAUCCAACUGUAAUAGAGCGUUUGUGAAAUAUAAUUAAGUCAGGUUUCAUAUUGAUCAGUAUUGCAGUCUCAGCUCUAAAACAGCAUCAAUGCUAUGGGAGUUGGUGUAGCCAAAAGUCCGGCAGAAGGCGAUAUUGGGUCGUUUUAUCUUAACGUCCAAAGGGAAUGUAUGCAGCCGGCUAUACACUCGUAUCCCUCGUGGACCGGUUCGUACAUAAAACAUUCUCCAUUCAGGCUGCAAACUUGAUUUAAUGACAAGAAGGCGGAAAAAAACAUGGAGAAAUGUGCAUACUUUAUGAAACCCCAUUUUCCAACACCAUGCUACUUCCUGCGAUCAGACCAAGGGUAAACAACAGAUUGCUGCAACUUGAUAGGCUGAGCGCUUUGGGCUAACAUUGGUGGUGCUUGGCGUCUGACAUCGUGGCUUCUUAGCAAGAUGAAUACCUUGCAUGCCCUUUUCAUACCUAACUGAAUGAGCAAAUGCCUUGUCUACAAGUGAUGCUGCUCUACACACUGUACUCUGUUCUCCGUUCUAACUGCCCUGAGGGAGUGGAGACCUCCACAAAGAGAGCUCCCAGAUUACUAUCGACACUGGAAGUAGCUCUCUUUACUGGCCAUACUAGUCGUUGCAAUCCCAUGUUGAAGUGUCUCUCCCCUGUCUCUCAAUGACAGGACCCUGGGUGUUGGAGAGACAUUUCUGUAUAUUGUCUACUCGCCGCUUGUCAAAUAACAAAUAACAGUUGGGAUUUCAAGGACAUUGUAUGUGGACAAAAAAAAGUUUAGGGAAAAAAUCUGCCCAAGAAAAAUCCACCCAAGUCAUUUGGUUUGUUUUGACAUGUGGAUCAUUGAAACAUCAAUCUUGUGCCUCUUGGUAGUUACCUCUGUCACGUGGGCUGUGCUCUAGCGCAUGCUAGUAAUUUUGUUUGUGGUGUUGACACUGCGAUUCAAUGCAAAAAGGUAGCACGACGGAACGAGGAAAUCCUAUAGGGGACAGGGCACGGCCUGCACAAUCUGUGUUGCAAUGCUUGAUAGCACCAAGGAACAGUCACCUGAAACUUGGAGUGUCAUUUCUGUGAGGUACUGCAUACAAAUGCAAGGACAGCAGAUGCAGCUUAUAGACAUGAUUCAGUAGUGUCCACACUUUUUAUUUAGUGGCGAACGUAGGGGGUCAUUGUGAAUCACCUCACAGAUGAAAUAUAGUCAUGAUCCACUGGGCACAAACUGGGUGAAUCAACGUUGUUCCAACGUAAUUUGUCAACGUAAUUUGUCAACGUAUUGUGACAUGGAAAAUAGUAUGGGUUUGAAAAAAUUACUGUUUUCAUCUCAUUUCAAUCAUUUAAACAUUGAAAUUAGGGUAAAACUUCAACUUAAAUACUUUGACUUGUCUGACUAGCAGGUUGUUACAUCAAUGUAAUUUCAACAUAAUCAUCAGAACUAUGUAUAGAUUGAAAUUGCAUUGAAAAUAUUUUUCAUCCUAUAUUAAAUAUAUUGAGUGGUUGAAAUGAUGUUGAAUUACAUAUUUGAUCAGACAUAUUUUAUUUGACCUUGUUUCAAUAGUAAAAUGGUAUGUUUGAAUAAACAUAAUUAACCAAAAUAAAGAACUACCUUUAUAUUGAAAUAAAAGGUGAAGCCACAGUCUGUUUAAACAGUGCCUCCUAGUGGUGAAUGAGAGUUAAUACAGUUCAGUGGGAACAAGUCUACCAUCCAGAUGCCCAUCUCUGUGUACGUUACUUAGCUUUGGAAACUAGCUGUGCUCUGUUCAGCUGAGCUAUCAUGUCAACACAUUCACACCUCGAUCAUUUUCUAUACUUAUUUGUGUAGACUACCUAAAUGACAUUGACUAGUUGAAAGUUAGUCCUUUAACUUUUUUUUACACUAGCUGUAUGUGAAAGUAAAUUCGGAUUGAGGUGCCCAAAGGACAUUUAAAGAUGUAUUUAAAGAUUGAUUUCAUUCCAGUGCUAAUCUUUAACUUAGAUUUUAUGGUUGAGAUGGAGAAGUGAAUCCAACAUAUCAGUCAUUAAUUUGAAGACAAACUGGAUGUUGAAUUGUCCACGCAACCAAAUAUCAACAUUUGAAGGAGAUAUACAGUAUCUUCUACUUGGAUAGUAUAUAUUAUGAAAAACACAAAUACAAGACCAUAUCCAAAGGUAAAAGUUUAUUAUUAAUGUCAUGAAUUUAGCAUCCUAUUUAAAGGGCUAAUGGUAACUACUUCUAAACUUCCAAAGAUCCAAUCAACCAUGGACGAAUAAUGGUAUACUUAGCUUCACGUUGACAACUAGGUAGCUAGCUACACACACUCGACCGGUGACCACAUCUCUCAAGCCAUGUAUGUUUGGAUACCAAGUGCACAAUCUCUGUGCAGGGCAGACUAGGAAAAAGGCUCUUCCGGACACGUGCAAGCUCCAUACAGGGCAGAUCAACAGGUACAACCAACAGACGGGGUGGAAGGUGGCGAACUUGACUACGACUUGCGGGUAGUGGAUUCCAAAAGACAAUACAUUGAAAUUGCAUUGAAAGUUUCACAUAGAAAUGUAAAAAAUAUUUUUUAUACUAUAUAUUGGGUGGUUAAAAUUCAUACCACCACCGAAAAGGGCACUUUGGAGACUGGAAGGGAAAAGGGGCAUGUGCUUUGCACAGGUAGAGCCCUAUCUGUACACGUGCCUGUGUACCAGUAGGAGUCACUGUUCAGGCAGGAAUUGUUAGGCUGUGGCUUCACAUUUUAUUUCAAUAUACCUCAUUAUUUAGGUUGAUGGCAUGACGUUGAAACAAUGACGUUGAUUCAAGCAUACCAUUUUGCUAUCAACACUGAUACAAGGUCAAAUAAAAUCUGGCUAAUCAAAUAUGAAACUCAACAUCAUUUUAACCACCCAUUAUAUACUAUGAAAAAUAUUUGUUACAUUUCUAUGUGAAAUUUUCAAUGCAAUUUCAAUUUAUAUGCUACAUAGUUCUGAUGAUUAUGUUGAAAUUAGAUUGAUGUAACAACCAGUUAGUCAGGUUAAGUCAAUGUAUUUAAGUUGAAGUUUGGCCCUAAUUUCAAUGUUUACUAUGCUGGUUGAACUUAGAUGAAAACAGUACUGGUUGAUUACUUUUUUCAAAACCAAUAUAUUUUUCACGUUGAUCACACAUCACAAUACGUUGACAAAUGACAUUGAAACAACGUUGAUUCAACCAGUGUUUGACCAGUUGGUGGGCAAUAGAACCAGAAUGUAGAUGUCUGCCUAAAUAUGUACCGUUUAACAAUUUUUUGUCUCUGCCAUACAGUAUGUCUCCAUUAUUUUCCAAUUAUUUGCUGUGCCAAAUGACUUUUUUCGAAAAAAGAGUAAAGAAAUCAUGUGCCCAAGGAUAUUGCAUGGUUUCAUGUUUUGCUCUCAGAGAGAUUGAGUUUGGCAUUGAAAAUGUCUGAAGGGCGUUGAUUAAGAAACAAUUUGAUGAAGCAGGCGUGUUGUGUGGGAGAUUACAUUUUGUAUAGACAGACCCUGACCCGUUUAACAUGCAUCGAGGCGGUGAUGAUGGACAUUUUCCAUAUGAUGCUGCAACAGCUGACCCAUUCGCCUCAGUAAAUGAUUUAAUGUCAGGACCAAAACACUAUUCAAUAUUGCAUCACUUGAGAUGCUCAGCUAGACCACUUGCUGUAUCAGAAAAUUGCUUAGGAUAUUCAAGUGACUCUACCAUGCAUCCUGCAGUAGGAGCCGAAUACCACAGUUUGGAACUGUGCACAAACAGUAGUUUGUCAGACAAGACCAACAGAACAUCAAUGUCAUUCUAUGGUGGUUCACUUCCUGUUUAGUAUUGAAUGGUAUAAAGAGGUGGACUGUGUAGUCCAUUAUAUUUAGAGCCAAAUAACCUCUCUUUUUUUCUCUCUGCCCGCAUUAGAGAAUAUUAGAAUGUGUGAAAAAUGGUCCCAUGAAUAUUUGAGGUUAUAGCCUAGAAUAGUUUUGACUUUAAAUUGGUUAGGUUGCUUGUGCCUGCUACGUUAAAAUAUUUAUAAUAUUUAUACAUUUAGUAUACGAGUUUUAUUCAUAACCACUGUUCUCUGAGUGUACUAAGUUUCAAUUGGUGUGCUGCACUGUGGAUGCUGCACUGUGGAUGCUGCCCUAGCUCUGUGAAUCCAAAGUUAAUAAAGCCAAACACAUUUGACAACUUUCAUCACAGUAGCCUAGUUUCAGGAAUCAGUGCGCUUUGCAUAUUUAACCUGUGUGGAAACCUGCGGCUUCUGUGGAAGCUUCUGUUGCACUGUGCUCUGUCCUGCGGUAUUAAAGGAUACACUUAUCAAAUAUAGAAUUAUAAAAAUGAUCAGCACCCAGCAUAUCUGAUGUGAUAUGAUCAUAUUGUUCAUUUUGAAGGCAGAGUGUCUGCGAGGUGGUUUAUUUCACCUCUCGCUGUUUUAAAGACUAUGGUGUAAUGAUGACGUCAGUCCGUCAGAGAUGUUUUUGUUUGUAGAAACCUGACUUUGAAAGUGUUCAUUUUUCUCUCUGUUGUGAAAGUUUGUUUGUGGGGCUGAUGACAAUACAGAAAUGUUGUUUUAAACCUCCCUUUGUCUAGGUUUUGCUAUUCUUUACGUUAAAUAAAGACACAGUACUUUCAUUUGCUGCUUGCUUUUCAGUUGUCUUUGUGAAAGUGAUUGAAUAAACGAUUGAAUGCUGUAACCCCAUUCUCCUUUUCAGCUGUUGACAUUAGUGUUAAUUGGUGACUAUGUACUUCAUAUAGGCAUAAUGCAUUGGUUAUGAAGUGUCUAUGCAAUCCUCACAAUGGGCCCUUAACUGAGGGAUUCUCCGUGUUUUCUGUUGGGAAGAAGUGUUUGAGUGUCUAGACUGAUGAAAUAUGUAUUAUUGCGAUGUCCUAUUCUUUUUGAGGCCAGUGUGUGCACUGCCUUCACAAUGAGCAGCAUUGAGGAUCUGUGUGCUUGGGUGUAUGGACCGCAUCCAUCUUUAAAAAGGUGUGGACCUUCUGAAGCCUCUCUGCCCAUCACUCACCUCAAAUAAAUCCUACUAAACAUAAAAGCA